AUGGUUUCUAUUGGUUCUCAAGUUCGUAAAGCGGCUUCUACAAUUGAUCCGAUUGUUACAGAAUAUGCAGUAGGCUAUUUCAACCAUUUAUCAAAGGCUACAUUUGAUGCAGUCCAGAGCAAACAACUGAAUUUACCCAAAGAAAUAGAUUUUAUCCAUGAUUUACUUUUAAAUGCAGGAGCCUCUAAAGAUGCUGUUGAUAAGCUGGCCGAGAAUAUUUUGAAUGAAUUAUCUUUGCAACUAAAAGAAAAUCAAGCUAAGUUGGAGAUUACAGGUGAUACUUCAAAGAGGUUAUUAGAUAUCAAUAUCUUACAAUCUCAUAAUGAAAAGGCCAACAUUAAUACCUCUUUGAAUUUAUUAGGCGUUAAUAAUGAUAUUGAACACACCGGUAGAAAGAUGGAGACUAGAGUUGAUUUGAAAAAAUUGGCUAAGGCUGAACAGAAGAUUGCAAAGAAAGUGGCAAAGCGAAAUAAUAAAUUCGUUAAAUACGAAGCUUCUAAAUUAAUCGACCAACAAAAGGAGGAAGAUUACGACUCAUUCUUCUUGAAGAUUAAUCCACUGGAUUUCGGUUCUGCUGCUGGUAAAUCUAAAGAUAUCAAGAUUGAUUCCUUUGAUUUGUAUGUUGGUGAUGGUCAAAGAAUUCUAUCAGAUGCUCAAUUAACAUUGAGUUUUGGACAUAGAUAUGGUUUGGUCGGUCAAAACGGUAUCGGUAAGUCCACUUUAUUAAGAGCUUUAUCUAGGAGAGAAUUAAACAUUCCAAAGCACGUUUCAAUCUUGCAUGUUGAACAAGAAUUGAGAGGAGAUGAUACUAAAGCUUUACAAAGUGUUCUUGAUGCUGAUGUUUGGAGAAAGCAACUGUUACAUGAAGAAAAUAAGAUUAAUGAAAGAUUGAAAGAGAUUGAAACCUUAAGAUCUGAGUUUGAAGAAGAUUCCCUAGAAAUAAAGAAAUUAGAUAAUGAACGUGAAGAUUUAGACAAUCAUUUGCUUCAAAUUUCAGAAAAACUAGCCGAUAUGGAAUCUGAUAAAGCAGAAGCAAGAGCUGCCUCUAUCUUAUAUGGUUUAGGUUUUAGUACAGAAGCUCAGCAACAACCAACUAAUUCUUUCUCUGGUGGUUGGAGAAUGAGAUUAUCAUUAGCGAGAGCAUUGUUCUGUCAGCCAGACUUGUUGUUACUGGAUGAACCUUCUAAUAUGUUGGAUGUUCCAUCUAUUGCAUAUUUGGCAGAGUAUCUAAAAACAUAUCCUGCUACCGUUCUUACAGUUUCCCACGAUCGUGCAUUUUUAAACGAAGUUGCCACUGAUAUUAUCCAUCAACAUAAUGAACGUCUUGACUAUUACAGAGGUCAGAAUUUUGAUACUUUCUAUAAAACUAAGGAAGAACGUAGAAAAAAUGCACAAAAGGAAUAUGAAAACCAAAUGGCUUAUAGAAAGCACUUACAAGAAUUUAUUGAUAAAUAUAGAUAUAAUGCAGCUAAAUCUUCCGAGGCUCAGUCAAGAAUUAAGAAAUUGGAAAAAUUACCUGUAUUAGAACCGCCUGAGGAAGAUAAAACUAUUAAUUUCCACUUCCCAGAUUGUGAAAAAUUAUCUCCCCCUAUUAUUCAAUUACAAGAUGUAUCAUUUGGUUAUGACGAGAAAAACCUAUUGUUAAAGGAUGUAAAUUUGGAUGUGCAAAUGGACUCUAGAAUUGCCUUAGUAGGGGCUAAUGGUUGUGGUAAAACUACAUUGCUAAAGGUCAUGAUGGAGCAAUUAAGACCACUUAAAGGUUAUGUUUCUAAGAAUGGUAGGUUACGUAUUGGUUAUUUUACGCAACAUCAUGUUGACUCUAUGGAUUUAACUACAUCUGCCGUAGAUUGGAUGUCUAAGACAUAUCCAGGCAAAACAGAUGAAGAGUACAGGCGUCACUUGGGUUCUUUUGGUAUUACAGGUACACUAGGUUUACAAAAAAUGCAAUUAUUAUCUGGUGGUCAAAAAUCUCGUGUUGCUUUUGCAGCUUUGUGUCUAAAUAAUCCACAUAUUCUUGUUUUGGAUGAACCUUCCAAUCACCUGGAUACUACUGGUUUAGAGGCAUUAAUUGAUGCUUUGAAGAACUUUGCAGGCGGUGUAUUAAUGGUAUCUCAUGAUAUAUCUGUGAUUGAUGAGGUUUGUAAUGAAAUUUGGGUGUCUGAGAAUGGUACUGUUAAAAGAUUUGACGGUAAUAUCUAUGAUUAUAAGGAUUAUAUUCUUGCAUCAGCUAAUGAGGCUGGUGUUGUUAAACAUCAUUAG